AUGAUAAUUUUAGUUAUUGGAUGCUUAUUAGUAGCAAAUGCAUUGCCAGGUGACUCUUGUUAGACCACAGCAAAAGGAAUAUUUGCUAAAAGACAAGCUGAAUUUGAAGAAUAACUCAAUAGAUUGAGAAAUGAAGUAGCAUAAGGAAGAAGAAAGAAUCAUGUUGGCGAGAUGGAUUAUGCAGCAAAUAUGAAUGUUGUUGAAUGGCAAUAAGGAAUAGCAAAUGCUGCAUAGUCAUGUUCAGAAAGGUGUCCAGAUUCUCUCGAAACCUGCAGACAAUUAACAACUCGUUAUGGAGCUCUACAUAAAUUCAGAACUGUCCAUUCAGCAAGCCAAGAAUGGGAACCAAGAGAGGUUUAUCAAAAGUGGAUGGAUGAUAACAAGGGUGAGUAAUUAGUCAUUGCGAGAAUGAAAUAUUUCGGGUGUGGACGUGCUUUAAAAAAGAAUAUUGAUAAAUUCAUAGAAUAUGUUAUUUGUUUCUUUGAUGAGGCUCCUCGCAAGGGAAUUGUUCCUUAUGUCUCUGCCACUCAGAAAACAAUAGGAUCAGCAUGUGAAAAAGGAAGAUCAAGCACUUAUUCAGGAUUAUGCAAGACAACUAUAUAUCAAUAAAAAAUAUUUGAUGGAAUAAGGUUUAGUAAAUAUACUCUGGUUGAAAGCAAGUGA